AUGCAGGGUCCGCAGUCCAAAACGGAGGCAGUCGGACUUCUGCCGCCUUGCCAAGAGAAUGCCUAUUUACUGACGUGCAUUGACAGAUUCACGCGCUGGACGGAGGCCAUACCUGCAGCAGAUAUCACAGCUGACACUGUUGCCCGCGCCUUCUUGCACUACUGGGUUGCUCGUUUCGGUGCACCACAUAUAAUAACAACGGACCCUGGAAGGCGGUUCGAAUCAUCACUUUUCGCCAGCAUUAUGCAUUUCAUUUGUGCUUCUCGCAUCAGAACAACCGUCUACCACCAGAUUCAUAACCGCAUGGUGGAGCGUUUCCACCGCCAGCUCAAGCCUGCGCUCGCCGCAACAGAAGAGCGCCACUGGAUAGAGGCACUACCAUUCAUACUUUUGGGAAUCCGCACAGCUGUCAAGACAGACAUCGACUGCAGCGUGGCCGAACUGGUCUACGGAACGACAUUGCGCCUUCCAGAAGAAUUCUUCACGGGAAGCCCGGAAGACGGCAGUACAGCCACCGCAGCCUACGCACUUAGGCUACGAGACAUAAGGGAAAACCUUCGCACUACGCCACCGCGAUGGGCAGCGCCACGCACGGUGUACGCAUCAUCAGAACUCGCUUCGUGCACACACGUGUUUGUGCGCCACGACGCAGUUCAUGAGCCACUCCAACCACCGUAUAACGGGCCAUUCCGAGGGCUGCGUCGAGGUGAGAAGCAGUUCACUAUCACCGUGCGCGGUCGUCACGAAGUGGUCUCACUUGAUCGCCUGAAGCCAACGCACUUUGAAGAAGCGGACACCGUUUCACAUGCGCCGUCAUCUCUGACACCACCCUCCAAGGGUCCACUCGUCCAAACCCGCCAAGUCACAAGGACACGCCGUGGACGAGUCUCCAGGGCACCCCAUCAUAUGGACUUGCGAACAAUUUAA